AUGGUAAUUUGGUUAAAGAGUUUUAUAAGUCUUCUAAUUGCUCUCAGUACCUUAAUUGUUGCUGAUGAUCCAUGUCGAUUUGAACAUUCAAAAGGUAUCAUUGAUUUAACAUCCUUAGGUAGAACUGAUGGAAAACCUGCAUAUCCAGAUCAAAUACCACCAAUAGGAAGCAAUUAUACGGGAGGUUACAUAAUUCCGUGUGUAUAUGGCAAUAAAGUGUUAGCUAUGUGGGAACUUCUUGGACAUCAAGUUAUUCCAACUUUAAUUAUUGUGAUAUUUAGUAUUACUCUUAUUAUACGUGCUCUACAACAAAAACAAAGAGUGAAUCAACGAAUUCAAUGGCGAAAAUAUCGCAAGAUGACUAUUCAGUUGUUAUCAAUUUCGGCUCUUUAUUUAGCGUUUAAUUCUCCAUGGGUAUUUAUACUUUUUGCUUCUCAAUAUGGUUUGCCACCGAAUAUUACAAGAAUAUACACGUUUUACGGACUAUAUUUUCGGAAUUAUGUUAUUUUUCUAUUUCCAUUUGUGUGUUUUGGAUCACUAUCUGAAUUACGAGAUGAAUUCAAAAAGAAAUUUCUGUGGUGUCGACGACAACAUCGAGUUAUUACUGAAAUGACUAUUGAAAGCAACACGUAG